CUUCACGAGUCACUUGACAACUCAGUAGUCUGACCGGGACGUGAUUUAUUCUGAAAGCAGCGAAUAGUGUUUCUCCAAUGCAGCAUUUCCCAGAUAUUGAGCUUUCCAAUGGAUUGAAAAUCCCAAUUCUAGGUUUAGGAACAUCACACAAUGGUGGCUACUCCCAUGAUGCAGUCGUCUACGCUCUCCAGCAGUGCGGCAUCAGGCACAUAGACACGGCUAAGAGAUACGGUUGUGAAGAAGCCUUGGGUAAGUCAAUCUUGAAGAGCCGAGUCCCACGUGAUGACCUGUGGAUCACCAGCAAGCUGUGGCCAGGGGAUUAUGGGUAUCAGAGUGCCAAGGAGGCCUGUCGGGCCUCAUGUGCCAGACUCGGGGUGGAGUAUUUAGAUCUGUAUCUCAUGCACUGGCCUGACUGCGGCGUUCCGGGCUGCUCCAAUAGGGACGUCCGAGCCGAGACGUGGAGAGCGCUGGAGGAGAUGUACGAUGAAGGAUUGUGCCGUUCCAUCGGCGUUAGCAACUUCCUGAUCGCACAUCUCGAGGAACUGAAAGAGGACGGCAGCGUGGUGCCUCAUGUUAACCAGGGAGAGUUUCAUCCGUUUCAGCAGCCGUGGAAACUGGUGGAGUUUUGCCGCAGCGAGGGCAUAGUGUUUGAGGGUUACUGUCCUCUAGCUAGAGGCCAAGCGCUCAAUCAUCCACUCAUCGUGGAACUGGCGCAGAAGUACGGACGCAGCGCUUCACAGAUCUGCAUCCGCUGGAGCAUUCAGAAUCAGAUCAUCACCAUCCCAAAGUCGACCAAACCAGAUCGGAUUCUUGAAAACUGCCAAGUAAGUGGUGUUUGGGUUCCAGCUGGAAGACACUGACAUGGCUGCUGUGCAUGCGUUGCAUGAUGGAAGGCGCGUAAGCUGGGAUCCAACCCACGUGGUGUGAGCACACUGGUGCGUGUGUGUUUCAAUUCGAGCAUGAUUGCCAACACAACUACAGUUCCAUCUCUAACUGCCCCGAAGUGGUGUGUCACACACGAAUGAUCAUGUCCCAUGAGCCAAUAAAUAAAUCAGAUGAUUAGCAGCUUUUCCUGCGUUCGAGCAGGAAGAACGCUUUGUGGAGGAGUGUCAUUCAUCCGCACAAACUUGGAUCUGAGAGAACGAGGACUGACGUUUCUCAGAAAACACUCAUCGGUUCGUCUCUUGUGUCCAGGUCUUUGGGUUCACACUGACCGAAGAGGACAUGGAGAGGAUCAGGCGACUACACGCAGAUAAAAAAUUCAUUCAUCUCAGCUACCCGCUCUGGAACGGAUGACGAGAACGGGGUGCGAUUUGUGGAUUUUUAGACCCUACUUUUAAAAAUAAAUAAACGUCCUGUGCACAUCA